GGGCAUCCGACGGCCUGGAGAAACUGAACCUAAAGUGCAUAUGUGCCUUAACGCCUUUCUGCCUUAACCCCGCGACCGGACGAAAUCAGUGAUCAGACUGAUCUCAAAGCUCUACGACGCCCUUAAGUUCCCCAGGCAGUGAUAGAAGGCUCUAGCAACAUCCUCUAGCAUCUUAGCUUCAAACUGGCCAGACGGCACAAAAUGAUGACUCCCCUCUAAACCAUAAUGUCGCUAUUGCCUCCGACCGCAAGCCACCUGAACAUCACACCUCCAGAAGACAUCUAUCUCUCGCUCAUCGGCUACACCUGGGUUUGUGCCCUCACCACCCGAGACUUGAUCGACCUGUGGUUCCACCACCACCCAGGCUGCUUACAGAUCCGUCUGAAGGCCUCGUUAUCCCUUGGCUUCCUCGUAUACACGGGACUCAAGACCGCAGCGGUGCUAUGGCGUCUCACGUCGUGGUCAUCGACGCACGCUUGAGGCGGGCGACCAUCAAGACGUCGCCGAGCAAAUAUCUCAGCGACAUCUUGUCUGAAGCGUGCACGCGUCUCGGCUACAAACCCGAUCAAUACAUCCUAAAACACAAGAAGAAACCCAUCGACCUCUCCGUCACCUUCCGCCUCUCCGGCCUCCCCUCCGGUGCCCAACUCGAACUCGUCCAAGGCUCCCGCUCCCCCUCCGUCGUUUCCAUCGCCCUCCAACUCCCCACCUCCGAAACCAACCUCCGCCUCACCGACAAAUUCCCCAGCAACACGACGCUCUGGCAGAUCCUCCGGCAGUUCGAGAGUGGUGCCAAGGGGUCGACUUCCAGGAAACUCAACUUCACCGAGCGCGCCGUCUCGCAGACGCAGACCGGUGCGUCGUCUGGUGCGGGGCGGAUGUACUAUGAGAUGCCAGAGCUGAAUAUCAUGGGGCGGCAGCUGGGGUCGCUAGCGGACUUGCAGAAGACGUUGGCGCAGGUGGGGUUGAACGGUGGGAGCGCAUUGCUACGGCUGAGUUUCCGGAAUAGCGGGAUGCCGCUGGAAGAGGCGAUGAUGGAGAUCUCGCAGUACUUCAGGGAAGUUGAAAGAGGGCCACCGGUGACGGAAGAGGGUGAAUCAUCCCGCUCUGUCGCAGCAGUCGACGGUGCAGGAAACUCAGAAGCAGACGCCCCUCCUCCGGCACCGAAACCCGAGGAGCCUACCCAAGCUACACCAACCCCACCACAACCUACCACCACCGCCCCUUCCGAAACACACCCCUCUUCCCCCUCUCCCCCCUCUCCCCCCUCUCACUCCACCACCUCCACCACCUUCAACCCCUCCGACUACAUCCCCACCAUCGAACACGCCAAAGCGCACCAAGCCUCUCUCGUCGCCGCCGCCCAAAACCGCCGCCUUCCCUCCGACGCCGAGCUCGCCGCACGCGACGCCGCCCGCGCUUCGGCUCUCGAGUCCGUUGAACGUGUGCGCGUGCGCAUCGGACUGAGCGACGAGUGGGGGGUGGAGGGGGAGUUUAAGCGGGGGGAGACGGGGGCGGAUGUGUACGCGUGGUUAGGAGGGAUGAUCGCGACGACUUCAACAAAAGCAGAGGAAGGGAAGGGAGGAGGCGGUCCCGGGUUCGUGGUGAAGUAUCGCGGGGACGAUGGGCGGCUAGUCGAGUUGCCGCGGGGCAAGGGGCUAGUGACGGGGUUAGGGUUGCGGGGGGCGACGAAGAUGUUUAUGGAGUGGGAGGGAGAGGGGAGGGGGCGGAGGGUGUUGAAGGAGGAGUGGAGAAGGAGGGCGGGGGAGUUGAAGGCGCCGGAGGUGCCGGAGGUGGAGGAGGAGGGGACGGGGAAUGCGGUGGCGGAGGGGAGGGGGAGAGGAGAGGGGAAGAAACCGUCCACUGGGUCGUUUGAGGAUAAGAUGAAGAAGAUGUUGUUUGGGAAGAAGCGGUGAUGUGGGACCGAUAUAAAAAAUCAAGCUGGGUUUGAAAGCAUUGGCAACGGUGUACGGAUACUCCCGGUUCAUAUAACGGUUCUCGACCAAAUGACGAGCAGAUUCACACCCGACGUGAGAAUAGAAGGGGUCUCAAUAUUGACUUUAUAGAAGAUUUUGUUCCAUUCCAUUCCAUUCCGCUAUUCGAUGCAAAGUGCCUUGAACGAGAAAAAU